UCAAGAAGCCCGAGCAGCGAGAUUCACGAAGCUAGGGGGGGGGGGGACUGAAUCAAGAAGUGAGAGAAUUGCAAUUAAGUGAAGGCAGGAGCCGGCCGCCGACAACGCCAUCCAGAGUGAGGUUCGCCCGGUGAUGGCGAUAAGUCAGCCCUGGCCGGUGGAGGAUGUUCGUGAGACGUUUUUCUCCUAUUUCGUGGAAAAUCAGCAUGUGCAGUUGUCAUCAACCCCGGUUAUCCCCGUAGUUGAUACCAAGGUGCCUCUUAUUCAUACAUGUUUGAACCGGUUCAAGGGGACCCUUAAUGGCAGAGGGAGUCAUCGCACCUGCUUUUCGCUGAGAUGCAUUACUGUGGGUGGUGAUGACGAUGAAGUGAUUGAUCACUUCAAAAACGACACUACUUACCAUAGAUUCACAGAAGUCCUUGGAAGUUGGUCUUUUGGGGACUACUUUAAGGAGGAAGCCAUCAGGUUAUUAUUCAGUCUUCUCAACAAGAAAUACAAGUUACCUCAGUCCAGAAUAUAUGCUUCAUACUUUAGUGGUGAUACAUCCCUUGGUUUGAGUUCAGACAAUGAGUCAAAAAAUACAUUGCAGAAAUACCUAGCGGAAGAAAGAAUCAUGCCUGCCAUGUCUAAGGCUGAUUUUUGGAUGACUGGUGAAACUGGUCCCUGUGGGCCAUGCAUUGGAUUUUUCUUCGAUUGUUCGGAUAGCAAAGAUGGUGUUGGUUCCGUAAUCAACAUAAAGGAUGGCAAAUUUAUUGAGAUAAGCCGUCUUGUUUUUGUUGAGUUCAAUAGGCAAGCAGGUGGCGUCUUGAAGCCUUUGCAAGCUAAGCAUGUCUUGAAGCCUUUGCAAGCUAAGCAUGUCUUAACAGGGAUUAAUCUUGAAAGUUUAGCUGCCAUUCUUCAAAAUAAAGAAAGCCACUAUGAAUUAGAUGUCUACGAUGACAUAUUUUUCAGCAUGAGCUGUUGUACUGGUCGAGGAAUCCGGGACUACUCUGGUGAAGUUGGUGCUGCUGACACAGAUGGAGUUGAUACGGCAUACCGCCUCCUUGCAGAUCACAUAAGAAUGAUUGCUGUUACUAAUGCUCCUGGUUCUCAGCUUGGGUUUGGAAAUGAAGGUCGCGAGUAUUUCCUAUAUCGUGCCGAUAAACAGGCUGUGCAAUAUGGCCACGAAGUACUUAAGACAAAUCAAGAGAAAUACGAUGUUAUUAUUCAUGGCAUUCUUAUAUCUGAAGCUGAUUUAUGUCCUGAGCUUGAAGGGUACAGAAAAGUGGAUGAAAUAAUCGAAGAUGAAUUGAUGAUCUAUAAAAAAACCAUGGCGGAGUUACGAGAACAGCAAGUGCCAUUUGAUAUGGGAGGGAAGAAGAAAAAGAAGAAAGGUGUCACUUCUGUUGUGUGGUAUGCGACAAGGCUUAUUGAAUUUUUUGGCCGGCACACACGCAUUAUUCUCAAGAAUAAGAAUACACGCUGCUCCUUAGUAGCACUAUGCAACGCUCUCCUGCUUGGAGAGAAGAUAACUCUCAAUAUAGAUAUCGAGAAGGUGUCAGAGGGCCAUCUCAUCUAUCUUGUACAAAGUUAUCUUUUGUAUGGCAAUACACAAAUGCAGUUGGAACAGAACUUGGAACUAUCAGAGUUCAAUAAACAAGUUCUUGGUGUAUUGCCGAAGCUUCCGGGCAGUUUAUACUUUGAUGUGACAUUUGCCAGCUCUUGUGGCUUUGAGCAGACCUCAGAAACCGCAAUAUUUGGUUUUCUUGGUGUCCCUCUACACCAUGGCUGGUUGGUAGAUCCCCAGGAUGCUGAAUUGGGCUCCUCAAUACGUAAAAGUUCCUACCACCAACUUUCGUAUAUUCUUGCUGUGUACGAAUCGAUUCGAUCCAGCACAAAUUCAGGGCCUCAAAAGCAUGGUGGAUGUAAAGAUGAUGACAAGUUUGAUUCGACACUUGUGUUCUCUUUAACCAGAUCAGAAGAACUUGGUUCUAUUUCUUGUGCAAUGAUCUCAACUUUUUUGCAUGGCCCUCAGCUAACCUCGUAUGGAUUUUCUUCCUUACAUGAUGACUUAAAAGCGAGACAGCCCACUGUCCUGAUUUGGAAUGAAACAUUAAUUACAAUAUCUAAGGUAGGAGACCAAAUAUAUGUGUUGCUGAACGAUUUGUCCUUGUUAAGUACUGAAACCGGUGCGGUAUGGGAAAGGUUAACAGAGGAUAGUGAUGGAUUGUUUGUUGAUUGUAACUUCGUGCCAACAGAUUCAGAGAUUCAAUCUAUACUGCCACUAACGAGAAUGGAAAGAAGGAAGAGGAAUAGAGAAGAGAAGAGGCCUCUGAAGGAUCUCUUAGUACCUGAGGAGAAAGAGGUGGAUAAGAGGGAAGACAGAGAGGGGGAUACGAACGAGGACGAGAAAGAUUAUGAGAAGACAGAGACCGGGGAGAAAUAUGAUGGGAAUAUCGUGGAGAAACCAGAUAUAUCUGGCAUUCGUGGCAACUUGAAUAUAAGGCCUAUUGUUUUUUUGGGACGGCCAACCCAUGUUAUCCAUCAGAUAAAUGAUGGCCCGUGUGCCCUUAUUGCAGUCUGUAAUCUUCUACUGCUCCAGGGGAGCAUCUUUUUUGAACCACAUGAAACUGUGGUGUCAAUGGAAUAUCUACUUAACUUUGUCUUUUCUUUACUUGAAGAUAGUGCGAAAAUGAGGGCCCAUUGUUCUGCAAUACAAAGAAACAUAUGGGAUGCGGCGCUGACACUGGCCACAGGGUUUGAUGUGGACGUUGUCUUUACCAGAACGGAUGGUUUUACGGAGACACGAGAGUGGUUCCUUCUCGAUUGCUUAAAUCUAAAUCUUCGACAUGGUUGGAUUGCUGCUGGGGAUUUGUUGCGCGGACCAGAAACAUCAUUUGAAAGUCUUACGCUGGCGGCUAAUGAACCUGGUUUUCCAAAUGCGGAGGCGAUCAAGAAGUUUCUAACGGGACCUCAACUUACUCCCAUUGGCUUGCUUUCCUUACAAGAAGAACUUACUGAAAAUGUUCCAUGCAUUCUGUACUGGAACAAACAUUACAAUACUACAGUUAAGGUCAAUGGAAAAUUAUGUUCUUUAGUCACUGAUUCAAAUUAUUUAAGAACAAGUGCAGUUUGGCAGACGCUUGAGGUCCGCGGUAACGGAUCAUAUUUGGACAGCAACUUCACACCAAUUUAUGCGCAGCUUGAUGCAGCUCCUUCGUUUCUUCCUGAAACAAGUACCUCCCAAGCAUCUACCUCAUUCAUGAAGCAAGAUUUGGAAGGGAUUACAUCACGUGGUGACGGAUUAUAUUUGGAUCGUAGCUUUACUCAUUCGGGACCCAAUGCAGCUCUUUCGGGAGAUGAUCUUCAUGGCUCUCAUUUUGUUCAGAAAAUACGGACUCGAAGAUCUCUGCCCAGUCCUCGAAUUGUUCCUGAAUCAUCGGAAGUACCACUUAGUGAUUUUGUUCGGAUACCUGGUAAUGAGUUCUCUGAAUUAAGAACUCUAUUUGCUGAUGGUACUUCAUUGGAUGUUGCUGAUACGAGAAAGAUUGGAAGAGUUCUCGGACUUGAUUUACUUGAAGAUAUUGUUUUUAAUCAUAAUGCGGGGUUCAGUUGGGAUGGGAAGUUUGACCCGACGACUAUAAUGGUCAUUGAUGGAGUCCGUGCGGAAAUUCGCGCACCGUAUUGUGACAAGUUCUGUGAAGAGGCGAAAUUAAAUGACUUCUUCAGUUACAUUACUGGGGUUAUUGAGCUAUUUAGAAUAGAAGGGAUUGGUCUGCCAGCCUUUUUUGCCAAGUUGACCCAGACGCUGUCAAACCCUCCUCGCAGACCUCAAGUGUGUACCCAACGUCAACUGGAGGGCUUCAAACGUCGACUUCAUGGCUAUUGGGAUAUUGUAUUGACUACCCUGGCGCUGAGGUCCUCAUUGGCUAGAGCAGGAUUAUAUUCUGGAAUUCAUAGAAUACACCGCUUCGCGCCAGAGGCAGUUAAUCAUGCGCUGAGAGCUGUAUUGCGAAGUCGUUUUUUACCAAAAGAUUGGAGACAACCAAUUGUUGCAGAAACAGGUCAUCCAGUCCUCAAAAAGGUUUUACGGUAUAUCCCUGAUACGUUAGAUGGAAGCAAUGAGAAUGCCAGGGCGAAUGAAGGUUGGCGUAGGAAGUUUGGGUGGUAUAAACCCAGGUUGCUUGAUAGCUUGUGUAUUUUUCCAAGACAAGUAAACGAACAUGCAAAGUCUAAGGAGCUAGAACUGGAAAAGCAACAAGGAGUGGAGAAUGAACCUAUGAACAGUCUUUCCGAAUUGGAUCUUCUGACGUCUCAUUAUCUCCAAGACGAUCUUCCAAUUAUAUUGGAAGUAUUGCUACGCUCUGAUCAUCUUAUGACAGAUGAAUUGUGGAAAUGGUUGGAAGAGGUCCUGGAGGUUUACUCCCGACCAGAAGUCCUUGGUCGUGGAACCUGGGGCCUCCGCCGCUGUGUUUUUGGUGGAGGCUGGAACCUGGGCCGCCGUGCCUAUUGCCGCCGUGGUCGUGCCCAUGGUUUCGGACACUGUGGUCACGGUCGUGCCCGUGGUUUCGGACACCGUGGUCACGGUCGUGCCCGUGGUUUCGGACACCGGUGACUAUCAGAGCGAAGGCGCCGUCCGCGGAGAUGAGGGGAUCUGCGGCGAUGGUGCCCAGAUCCACGGCAGCGGCGUCAACUGUGAUGAGAAGCGCAUCUGCGGCGAUGGCGACCAUGGCAAGCGCACCAGUUCCUCGAUUCUCAGCAGUUACCUUCCUCUCCUAAUCCCCGUCUUCAGGAAACAGGAGCCAAUCAAUUUUGUUGCAUUGUAGACCAAUACUGUUGUUUGUAAAUAAUUUGAACUUGCUAAUAUUGUGAACACUGCAGUUAAGUUCCUUGGGCCGCUAGAUUACUUAUUUGUCACUGCAAGUAGAAAGUUGAAGUGCUAAAGCUGAUGAUGGGUUUCGGCUGAGUAAGUAGUAUACUCUGAUUUAGUUGCGAUAGGCUUUGUUCUUGCCAUCAUUUGAUAUGGAAUAGUUGUGUUAUGACCAGAGAUUGCAUCUGUUACCCUCUUC